UACCCUUCCAUGUUUUAUCGAUCACAUAAUUUAAAAUAUGAUUUCUAGCGUUUAUAUUGCAUGUACUAUAUGCUUGGAGAAAAAAGAAAAUCCAAUCUCCUUAUUAUGUGGUCACACUUUUCACCUUGAAUGCAUUCAAAAAGUCGUGAAUAAUUCAUGUCCUAACUGUCGGCAAAAUUUCCAAAAUGAUCACAUAAUAAAUCUUCAUAUAAGCACUAUUUUGGACUCUCAACAAGAUCAAUUAAUCAAAAUAUCGGCUGAAAACGAAAAAUUAAAAGAAGAAAAUAAAUUAAUGCUAAUUAAGGAGAAAGAAGCCUAUAUUAAAGUAAAAACGUUAAGUCAAAGAAAUAUGUUGGCAAAUCAAGCUAUGCUAUAUUUGAAAGAACAAAUAAAAGGGUUUACCGAAACCAAAAAACAAAUCGCCUCACUGGAACAAGAAAAUUUAAACUUAAAAAGGCACAAUAAAUAUUGGGAAAAAUCCUUUGAAAUUAUGAAAAUAUCGCCAACAAAACUAAAAAAGGAAUUUGAUAAUCAUUUUAAUACUAUCCCUAUUGAAAUGGACUUAAUCUCAAACUAUCAUGUUGCUAACAUUGCCCUUAUUGAAAAAAUUAUUAGAUUGAAUAGAAAUCAAGAUGAAAAGGUUGACAUUUUAAAUAAUAAGAUAAAAAAGUUGAAAAGGCUAGUAAAUAUUCAGAAAACACCAUGCUCAUCCGAUAUUAAUCAACAAAUGGCUCGAAAUAAUCAAUCCCCUAAAUUUAUACUUUCAAAAAUUAAAUCAACAGAAAAUUAUCAACCAGAUUUAAAAAAUAAACUUCAACAAUUCGCCAAACCUAAUCAUGAAAAUAUGUGUUCUGUCAUAUAUAAUGAUAAUAUUGAUUUAGUAAAUGAAAGACAAAAUAUGAAUAAAGAAAAUAUACCUUUUCUUAUGAUUUCAAAUUCAAGAAAGACGGUUAAAAUGGAUAAAAAAUAUUUUUAUAGAUCGAACAGUUUUAAUUCUACAUUUGGAUUUCCACAAAAGUUAUAA